AUGUGCUGCCCGACGGCCCGGGGCGGGGACGGCUCAGCGCGACCUGACCUGCUGCAGCCUGGAUUCUACACGCCGCCAGUGGCUGCUGCCCGGGGUGGUGCUGACAGCCUUGGGGGGGUCCGCACUGUGCUGCCCGAUGGCCCGGGGUGGGGACGGUGCAGCGCCACCGCGCUGUGGCCUGGAUUCUGCACGCCGCCUACCAAAGCCACCAGACACUCGGCCCUAAGGGCCAUCUGCAGCGGACGGACGCGUCCACCGAAACGUCUGCAGCGGGAGUAA